AUGACUUAUGCGGUAUUCUGCUGCGAUUUUGAAUGUGUAAAAUACAAUUUUAUAGCGGAUAUUAAAAAAGCCACUUUACAAAUUGAAUUACACGGGAAAGCUCGCGACGUAAAGAGGUUUCUAUGGCUCAAGGAUUUAUCUUCAGGCUUGCAGCCUAAAAAUAUUAUUGUAUAUCGUUUUAAAAGAGUAGCCUUUACAGUAAUUUCUGGUCUAUUCUUGCCAAUUGUCACAGUAUCGUGCCAUUUGGAAAAGGAAGCAUUUGAAGCUUUGAACGAUGGCAAACAGAAGGCAGAAUGGCUGCUAAAGUUAAAACGUCAAAUUAUGUCGACAGUCUUAUUGUAG